AUGAUUGCCUCCGCCAAACGGAAAGUUCUUGAUGGACUGAACCGCAGAUACAUUUACGGUCGCGUGCCUCUCCUGCACACGAUCAUCUUCUUAAUCGAGAUGGCGGUAGCGACCCGGAUUGCUGCCAAAUUCAACACUUAUUAUGCCGAAAAGCCAGUGCUCACAACUAUGGUCACCAACGCCGUAUUGGGUGGCGUCGCCGAUACCGUUGCGCAGCUGAUCACGGCCGUCAAGGCUCGCUCUCAACAGAGAGGAUCCGAGGGUGGCGAUGACUUCAUUUCUAUUGAAAUUCAUGACUUGGACAAGGAAAAGCCUCCAGUUGUCGGGGAGGUAGGACCUGUUCGAACCCCGCUGCCGCCAUUCGACUUUGAGCGCCUGACGAGGUUCAUGGCGUAUGGAUUCUUCAUGGCCCCGGUGCAAUUCCAGUGGUUUGGGUUCUUGUCCAGAGCCUUUCCACUGACCAAGGCAAACCCGACUGCUCCGGCGUUCAAGCGGGUUGCCUUUGACCAGUUCAUCUUUGCCCCCUUCGGUCUGGCUUGCUUCUUCAGCUUCAUGACCAUAGCAGAAGGUGGCGGCAAGAGGGCACUAACACAGAAGUUCCGUGAUGUGUACAUGCCGACGUUGAAGGCCAACUUUGUGCUCUGGCCGGCGGUGCAGAUCCUCAACUUCCGUGUCGUCCCGAUCCAAUUUCAGAUUCCCUUUGUUUCCUCUAUUGGUAUCGCGUGGACCGCGUACCUGUCGCUGACCAACUCCUCUGAGGAGUCUUAA